AUGAUCAUCGAUACGGAUCAUCAUCACUUAACGAACGAACAAUUAAAAUUUCUCAACAACGGCCCAACUUAUGUUCCACCAUAUCAAAUGCACGUAUCAUCAUCUCGACUAUUAUCGACCACAUUCGAUAUUGUUCUCAAACAAUCAAGAAGUCUUCGACGACAAUUUGCUUCAUUAUUCUCACAGUUUUCAAUGCAUCUUCCUCGAUCGAUGACAUUCGAACAAGAACUUAUCAACAUCUUCAACGACUUAUUCUCUUCACCAUUACCGUCAUCGAUGGAAACACGUGCUCUCGCUGAGAAACAAUUAGUUCGAUCCAUUCGAAACAAUUUAAAAAUGAACAAUUUAAUCGUCCGACGAACAGCCGAUCAACAAAAUAUAUUUUAUCUUGGCAAUGCGGUUGAAUUCGAAAAACGAAUUCAUGAAUAUUGGGCGACUACA